GCGCCGCUCGAUCCCGCACGUCGGGGCAGCUGGGAAGUUGCUGGGAGAAGGGCGAGGGCCAGUUUUGAGAGACGCCUUCCCGAAUUACCAUGCAAGAAGCGCUGGAACCUGGGGUCCCAGCUGCCUGCCCAGAGGAGUGCUUGGACAAGCGUGACUUGAUCUCCCUCUUGUGGAAAAUUACUGGAACUAAGUUCGUGCGUUACUAAAAGAGGCAAAGAGCCGCGCUGACUGACAAAUGAUGGCAGAUGUCACCAUGACACCUGCUGCUCUCGGUGGUCCCCAAGGAGCCGAGGAGAUGGACUCACUGAUAGUACUGCAUUACAAUUACACAGGAAAGCUUAUUCUAAGAGAAAAGGCAACUGAUAAGAUAGACCUGCCAACUAUUGCGUUUCUCAUCUUGUGUAGCUUUAUUGUCCUUGAAAACUUGAUGGUGUUGAUUGCCAUUUGGAAAAACAAUAAAUUUCACAACCGCAUGUACUUUUUUAUUGGCAAUCUAGCUCUCUGUGAUCUUCUAGCUGGGAUCGUUUACAAAGUAAACAUACUAAUGUCCGGGAAGAAAACUCUGAGCUUAUCCUCCACAAUCUGGUUCAUUAGGGAAGGCAGCAUGUUUGUUGCUCUAGGAGCUUCCACUUUCAGCUUAUUAGCAAUAGCUAUUGAGCGGCAUUUGACUAUGAUUAAAAUGAGGCCUUACGAUGCAAACAAGAAAUACCGAGUGUUCCUACUCAUUGGAACGUGCUGGCUGAUCUCAGUGUCCUUGGGUGCCUUGCCCAUCCUCGGCUGGAACUGUAUAAACAACUUAUCAGAUUGCUCAACGAUUUUGCCUCUUUACUCCAAGAAGUAUGUUGCAUUCUGCAUAAGUAUCUUCAUAGCCAUUUUGGUAGCUAUUGUUAUCCUUUAUGCACGUAUCUACAUCCUUGUGAAGUCAAGUAGCCGCAACGUCACUAACCACAGCAACUCAGAGCGCUCCAUGGCUCUCCUUAGGACUGUUGUGAUUGUCGUUGGUGUCUUCAUUGCUUGUUGGUCACCUCUCUUUAUUCUGUUCCUUAUUGACGUAGCCUGCAGAGUCAAGGAAUGCUCUGUCUUGUACAAAGCCAACUGGUUUAUUGCUUUGGCUGUCAUCAAUUCUGCAAUGAAUCCCAUCAUCUACACCUUGGCCAGUAAGGAAAUGCGUCGGGCUUUCUUUCGCCUUGUUUGUGGGUGCCUGGUGAAAUCCAAAGUUGCCAGAUCCUUGCCUAUUCAGCCCACGCCAGAUCAAAGUCGAAGUAAAUCCAGCAGCAGCAAUACCCAGAAGCCAAAGGAUGACUUCCCACAGAUGAAUGUUCCCUCAUGUAUCAUUGAGAAAAAUGAAUCUUCAUUUCAGAACGGAACCUUCUGUAAAUAAAGGACUCCUCCAGACAUGGACUUUUCCGUGUUUUUUAGCGUUAAACUACAGUGGAGUUCCAAUGUUCAUGCACUUAAAUCAUAGGGGAAAACACUAACCACUUAUUUAACUUUGAGGACUUAUUUAUCAGCAGACCUUUGCUUUGGGUAUUCAUUCAGCAACACAUCUGACUGAGAAAAACUUUGUGCUACUCACCCAACACCUGGGGCAGCGUGCAGGCAUGUCCAGCAACAUUGUACACCCUGAUGAUAUUGCAUAUAUAUGACUAUAUAUGGGCUGCCUGACCUUGCAAGACAUCUCUAAAAUCUAUCAGAAUCAUCAUUAUUCACUAAGCAUUGCUGAUGAUCAGAAAAUGAGCCAAACUAUUCCUGACUGGGAAAAAAAGGCUUAUUAUAUAUGUGGGAUAUUAUAGUUCUCAAUAUGUAUCGUGCUGUUCUGUUAAUGGCCUUACAUGUAUGGGGGAUAAAUAGCUGUGUACUUCUACACAGCUUAGAAGUACACAUUCUUUAUUAAAAAGUCAUUGUAUGGCAAGAGUUUACAAUAUGCUAAACAUUGUACUGCAGUAUACAGUGUAAGAUGACCAAUUAUAUAAGUAGGUAGAUAUGUUUCAAAGAGAGUGUUUGAAAAUGUAUGAAGAAGUAGCUUUAUACUGACAGAGGAACUUUAACAUGCCAUAUCAAUGCAGUAUUUUUUUUCUUUGCUGUUACUCAAAAGUUUCAUGUUCAAAAAAGACAACAUGACAGUUGUCACAGUGACAUUUCACAACUUAUAAACAAAUAGUAGAAAAUAACAGUAGCAAAUAAAAACUGAGAAAGGAUAUAUACAGUUUGUUACUUAAAAUAGCAAAAUGUGACCCAACAAUAGACAUAUAUUAAGUGUAUGUACUAUUUCAAUGCAUAUAUUUUUACUUACUAUUUUCAAUGUAUUUAAAAAUGUAUGUCAAUCUCAUGUAAACCUGUGUAUAUUGUAAAUGCACUACCUAAGCUGAGAUUCUUCAGUCCUGAAAGGAAGAAGCAUCAUUUCAGAAAGCAACAAACCACAACAAUGUGCUCUGGAGAGUUCCUAGGUUUUUCUCCAGGCAAUGCUGUGACAUGGGAUCAUAUUAUGGAAUCAGUCAAGGAGGAAUAGCCACCAACAGAAAAAAAAAAUCCAGUCUGCCCGUGGGACCCUACACUUUUCUCUGUGUGCUUUUGCAGACACGAGAAGGAAGAAACAAGACAGGAUCACAGCGAGAUAAACAUCUCCUUAUAUACCAUAACCCUGCUUUGGAUCUGGAAUGAGAACCUAUUCAGUUUGGAAGACCUUCUACCAUCCUGGAGCCCCAAACUUAACACUUUUCAGUGGCUAUUCUAGAGAAACCUCUAUG